AUUAGGGACUGCCCCAAACUCUGUGGAAUGAUGCCCAAGGAUCUACCUUGUUUGAAUAAUCUAAACAUUUCAGAGUGCCCGCAAUUCCUAGUUGAAGGUUCCAGCAUUAGCCUUCCGUCACUCACCUCGAUAGCUAUGAAUGACGUUCCUCUAACAAGCCUUCAAGCGGUCCUUGAGAUGAGGAGCAUGGUUGAUGACGAACUGAUAUCAGCAAAUGCAAAGUCUAAGCAUCCGAGUUCAAUAACUUCCUUGAGCAUUGGGAUGAUUAAGAAACUCGAGCUCUUGCCGAAAUGGGUUACUCAUUGGCUGAUGGAACUCGAAGCAUUGGAGAUCACAAGCUGUGAAGAACUCAAGACAUUGUGGAAGAAAGAGGAGAGAGUGCAACACAGUCUGAGUCUCCCUGCAUUCCGGCAUUUGAAAAUUAAAGGCUGCCCCCAGCUUGUUUCUUUGUUUGAAGAAGAUGAGGAUGAAGACAACAAAGGGCAACAUGAGCAGCAGCAGCAGCAGCAGCAAGAGGGACUCCCCUGCAUAGUGAGGAGGCUUGAGCAUCUAACAAUAGAUAAUUGUGAAAAGCUGGAGAAACUGCCACGGCUGCUACAUAGCUUCACUUUUCUUGGAGAGUUGUAUGUCUAUAAGUGUUCGAGUCUCAGCUCUUUUCCGGAGACAGGUUUUCCGUGCACGCUGAAAACACUCAGGAUAGGUGAUUGUGAGGCUCUGCAAUCCUUAUUCGGGUGUUUAACACAGAUUAAUGACAGUAAUCUUCAAGUGUUAGAUGUUCAAGAUUGUCCAUCCCUCACAUGCUUGAUAUCGUGCAGAGGUGGGGGGCUACCACCCACACUCAAAGAGCUUGAGAUUAUUCGGUGUAAAAAGUUGGAGGCACUGCUAGUAGUAGAUGAGGGGAUGGAAAUUACCUGUCCAUCUCUUGAGUCUGUUGGGAUCAGUUAUUGUGAUAGGCUCAAAUACUUGCCAGAUGCCCUUCCUAAUAAUAAUAAUAAUAAUCUCAGGAAUCUCAGUCGAUUGUACUUGGAUGGGUGUAAAAAUUUGGAGUACAUUCCGGAAGGAUGGUUCCACUCCGCAACAAGUCUGGCACAUUUGACUAUCAGGGGAUGCAAAAAACUCAAGGCCCUACCACACGGAUUGCAGAGCAUCAACUACCUCACUUCUCUUCAAUUGCUGGAGAUGAAUAUUUCACAAUGGAACAACAACUUCAAGAAGAUUGGUUUGCGCAGUUUAUCCUCUCUUAGAAGACUGUCGAUUUCAGGCACAAUUAGGGUGGCAGAGGAUGAAGAAGAAGAAGAAGGUGUAGCGGGGUCCAGCUUUCCGAUAGAUGGGAAGUUGCUGCCCACCUCUCUGAUCUCGUUUUGGAUCGAAGAUUUCCGAAAUCUGGAGAAGCUAUCUUCUAAGUUGUUUCAAAACCUCGCCUCUCUUGAAUAUCUUCACAUCUGGGGUUGCCCUAGGCUCAAAUCUUUACCAGUGCAAAGGCUGCCUCCCUCACUUAAGAGAUUGUCGACCUGGAGAUGUCCUAGACUAACAGGGAAGUGUGAAAAGGGGAAAGGCAAGUAUUGGCCCCACUUAGCUCACAUACCUGAUGUUCAAUGUUUUUGAUGAGUGAUAAGCUCUGUUGUGGAGAUUCCCACCGCAGUUUUACAAGCACUCAAAUUGGCAGAAAUGUGCUUUCAAGGAUUUGAAUACAAAGAAAGGCUUCUUUUGAUAGAUUUCCUCGUCUGCUUGUAUUUCCGAGGCAACCACAACAAAUGGAAGAAUUCUCAUUUCUUUCCAACUUGGUGCAUUUGUCCCUGGCUAUCCUGUCCAUCUAGUGAUUGUUCGCUAUCCCCAUGUACACUUUUGACCAAUCCUGGGGCAAUAUAGCUUUGGGAAAGCUCAUGUUUAGAAUGUUCAUAGUUUCACAAUUUCGUGGAUGACAGUGUAUCUCUAGUAUGGUCUUGGAUUGUUGCUCAGUCUUGAUUGGUUACUAUAACUGUACAAACAUCUCAUUCCUAUGGGGACAUCAUGCUGCUUGCAAAAGCUACCGAGUCCAAACAGGUGAUCUUGGGGUCCAGGGAAUUGGAACACCCAUUGGAAAAGUUGAUAUGUAUGUCGCUGCUGCUGGAAUCAAUCCACAGAGAGUAUGCUCUACUCAUCACUCUUUAUUAUGUGCAGGUUCAUGUAGGCAUAGCACAAACAGGUGUACACUAAAAUAAAUUUGGUAUACAAGUGUGCGUCAAUGCAUAAACACUUGUGCACACUGACAAGUAAAUACACACAUUUAGUACUGGGCUGACUCACAGAUACUUACCAUGCUUGAUAUGGAUCAUAGCACAUUGUUAUUGCAUGUAUCAUGCAUAUUGAAGGUUACCUAUGCUUGUUUAUAUGUUGGUUAUGUUGUUAUUUUUUCAUGCUUUGCAAAACAUAUUUCUAUUGGCUAUUUUUCAUCAAUGUGGAUAUUAUAUUGAUGAAAGUGCAUAUAUAUGAGACAGAAGGUUAGAUGCGUGGAGAACUGACAGUAAUUUCUUGUCCACCUGAUCUUAAAGAUACUAGUAACUAUGAUAUUUAUUAUCUUAUAUUAUAUAUCCAGUUUUGGACUAACUGUUUACCCUUUCAUUCUGCUUUGUUCUAUACCAAUCUAGCUGUGUUCAUCUAUGACAGAUACUUCCAGUUAUGCUUGAUGUUGGUACCAACAAUCAAAAGCUUCUUGAAGACCGUCUUUCUAUUGACUUUGUGCUGUUUAUUUUAUGUUCAGUGGUUCCUUGUCAUUAUUUAAUAUUUUAUUUUUUCAAUUAUUUCAUACUUCAUAGAAGUUUAAAGGCUGCAUUUUUGGGACUGAAUAUAUUCAAUCAGAUCUCUUGCUCUUUAACAUAAUUGAUUAUUAUCUCUCUUACAGACUGUAAUAGGCCUUGAAUACUGCAAUACUGGAUGCCUCUCUCUCUCUCUCUCUCUCUACACAUGCAGAGAGGAGAGGUGAAGUUGCUUUGUGCUAAUUGAAGUUUCAUGCAUCUCCUUCAUUUGGUUGUCCGCUUUCUGAAUAUCUGUGAUUAUUUUGCCAUCAUAUAAUAAUACUCAUUUGUGUACUCAUUGUGCUGUGGCCACGAGUCAUAGAUUGCCUUUCAAUUUGUCUAAUUCUAUUGUGAACAAACCAUUAUCUCUCAUUCAUAGUGAUGUUUGGGGACCUUUCUCUGCUUCUUCUUCUCCUAUUAAAUACUAUGUUCUUUUUAUUGAUGAUUUUAGUAAAUUCACUUGGAUCUAUCCUUUGUGCUACAAAAGUGAGGUGUUCUCUAAAUUUCAAGAGUUUAAAGUGUUUGUUGAAACUCAAUUUGAAACUACUCUUAAAAUUUUCAAAACUGAUGGUGGUGGUGAGUUCACUAGUAAUCAGUUUGAAUCCUUUCUUAAAAAUCAUGGCAUUAUGCAUCAGCUUUCUUGUUCUCACACUCCUCAAAAUGGAGUUGCAGAGAGGAAACAUAGACAUCUUAUCAGUACUACUAUUGCUCUUCUUCAUCAAUGAGCUCUUCCAUUGUCUUAUUGGCUUGAUGCCUUGGCUACAUCUGUUUUUCUUGUUAAUCGACUACCAAGUUCCAAAUUGCAAAAUAGAACUCCUUUUGAGAUUUUGUUUCAGCAUGUUUCAGAUUUUACUUUUUUCAAAAGUUUUGGUUGUAGGUGUUUUCCUUGGGUCAAGCCAUACAACUCUCAUGAGCUACAACCCAAUUCCAUACCUUGUAUCUCAUUGGCUAUCAUCCAUCUAUCAAAGGUUAUAGAUGUCUGGAUCCUAUUACAGGUAAAAUUUAUGUAUCAAGACAAGUUGUCUUUGAUGAAACCUUAUUUCCUCUAGUCUCUCAUGUGCCAUCUUCUCUUUCCACUAGUUCUAUGCCUUCUU